UUUUCACAUUGCGUUCAAGCAACAGUUGCAUCAUCCUAAUAAAACCCUGUGAUCAUAUACAUUCAUACUCAGCAACCUUAAAACACAAUAUCACGUAAAAAAGAAUCCAAUUCACCGAUCUCCGAAGAGCUCCAUUUGGAAAAAGAAGCGAACUGGGUAUCCAAUUUUCGAACACUUUCGAUGGGGAAUGAUGCAGGGUCACCUCAGGGUCCGGUUACGUGUGGGUCGUGGAUUCGGAGGCCUGAGAAUUUGAACUUGGUGGUGUUAGGAAGGUCCAGACGUGGCAAUUCUUGUCCUUCUCUCUUGGAGAUUUUCUCCUUCGAUCCCAAGACCACUUCUCUGUCUACCUCUCCUCUGACCACUUAUGUGUUGGAAGCAGAGGAAGGUGAUCCUGUUGCUAUUGCAGUCCACCCAAGUGGGGAUGAUUUUGUGUGCGCUCUCAGCAAUGGUAGCUGCAAAUUGUUUGAGCUGUAUGGUCGUGAAACAAACAUGAAGUUGUUGGCUAAGGAACUGGCUCCUCUACAGGGUAUUGGUCCUCAGAAAUGCAUUGCUUUUAGUGUUGAUGGGUCUAAAUUUGCUGCUGGUGGGUUGGAUGGACAUCUCAGAAUUAUGGAGUGGCCUAGUAUGCGCGUGAUUUUGGAUGAACCAAGAGCACACAAAUCAGUUCGGGAUAUGGAUUUUAGUCUAGACUCAGAAUUUCUAGCUUCAACUUCUACUGAUGGUUCAGCAAGAAUCUGGAAGAUUGAAGAUGGUGUUCCUUUGGCUACUUUGUCUCGCAACUCGGAUGAAAAGAUUGAAUUAUGUCGAUUUUCCAAGGAUGGAACCAAACCAUUUUUAUUUUGCUCUGUUCAAAAAGCAGGUGAUACUUCUGUCACUGCGGUUUAUGAGAUUAGCACAUGGAAUAAAAUUGGGCACAAGAGGCUGAUUAGAAAGUCUGCUUCAGUAAUGUCCAUUAGCCAUGAUGGGAAAUACCUUUCUCUGGGCAGUAAAGAUGGAGACAUAUGUGUAGUUGAAGUAAAGAAAAUGCAGAUAUACCAUUAUAGCAAGAGAUUGCACCUGGGUACAAAUAUUGCAUAUCUGGAGUUUUGUCCCGGGGAAAGGGUUGUACUGACAACCUCAGUAGAAUGGGGAGCGCUGGUCACCAAGCUGACUGUACCUAAAGAUUGGAAAGAGUGGCAGAUCUAUUUGGUGCUAUUGGGACUAUUUUUAGCAUCAGCUGUUGCAUUUUACAUAUUCUUUGAGAACUCUGAUUCAUUCUGGAACUUUCCCAUGGGCAAAGACCAACCAGCAAGACCAAGGUUUAAACCUGUGUUAAAAGAUCCCCAGUCUUAUGAUGACCAAAAUAUUUGGGGGCCAGUAGAUAUGUGAUCACAUUAACAUUCUUGAUUUAGUCUUCGGUGCUGUUUUGGAAGCAGUAUCAGUAGCUGUAACUGGUAUCAAUAUUUAUUUAAGCCCUUAUAGAGUUAGGCACUUGACUGGUAUUACAAGCAUUUACUUCUAUUUUUUUGGGGUGAAAAUUCUGAGCCAAAGGCCAUGAUUGGUAUGUAAUUUUAAUAGAAACUUUAGGAAUAAUCAAAUAGCUUCCUUAAAUUUACAAGUUACACGCAAGGCUGCUUUGUAGCUAUGUGAUGGGAUCCAUUGAAGAGGCACGUCUUUGGAUAUCUUUCCAUUUUUCUUAUUUUGUUUCUUGUUUUAAUGAUAACCUCUUACAUUGGUUUUAUGCCUUUGGUUAGAGAAAAAUAAAGGGGAGCCUUUGAAUCAA